AUGAUUGAUGACCUAAAUAAUCCUACGAACCAAUUGAUUCACUCCAUUUCCUCAUGGCAUCGGUUGAAGAAAGUAAUAGCCGUAUUUCUUCGCACAAAGAAGAUUCUACGAGACAAGAUACAAGCUCGUUCAAGUGUAAACAAGGAAAACUUAAUCGCAAACAGUCAUUCCAACUCCCUCUCUGCUGAAGACCUAGCCCAAGCUGAGAUCGCCAUCGUAAAGUUCAUUCAGUUAACUACGUUUCACAAAGAGAUAAUGUGUCUUAGCAACAUCAAGCUCGAAGACUCCGCAGACUACCGGAAGUUUCAGAAAAGCAAAAAAUUGACUAUCAAGAAAGUCAGCUCGAUCCAUCGUCUCGAUCCAUACCUUAAAGACGGAAUCCUUAGAGUUGGAGGCCGACUUAAUCGUGCAGAGCUGUCGCCAGAAACUGCCCAUCCAAUCAUCUUACCUUACAAGAAUCAUGUAACAACCCUCAUCAUUCGUCAUCUACACCGACAGUUAGGUCAUGUUGGACGAAAUCAUGUUAUCGCAGCUAUUCGCGAAAAGUAUUGGGUGAUAAAGGUUAACGCCGCAGUACGACGAGUCCUCUCCAAAUGUAUGUUUUGCCUUCGCCAUCACGGAAAAGUUAGCGAACAAAAGAUGGCUGAUUUACCCGAAGACCGCAUUACGCCAGCACCUCCAUUUACCCACACAAAGGUUGAUUACUUCGGCCCUUUCAUCCUAAAAGAAAGACGAAAAAAAUUGAAGAGAUAUGGGGCAAUUUUUACUUGUUUGGUGAGCAGAGCUGUGCAUAUCGAAAUCGCUAAUCUCUCGAUUCAGAUUCGUUCAUUUUGGCACUACGUCGUUUCAUAGCUCGCCCUGGUCCAGUAAGAUGUUUAAGGAGUGAUAACGGUUCAAACUUUGUUGGCGCGAAUAAAGAACUUAAACGAGCCCUAGAAGAAAUGGAUCAAAAUAGUAUCCGUAAUAGUAUCCGAGAAGGAAUCGAAAUGGCAAUUUAAUCCACCAUCGGCUAGCCACAUGGGCGGUGUGUGGGAGCGCCAAAUCAGAUCUACGAGAAAAGUUCUGGCUGGGUUGAUGUACGAGCAUGGAAGUCGUUUGGAUGAAGAGUCGUUCAGGACUUUGAUAUGCGAAGUUGAAGCUGUAAUUAACUCCAGAUCAUUGACGGUGGUAUCAAAUGACCCUUCCGAUUUGCACCCACUAACUCCUAAUCACCUCCUUACAACGAAGUCUGCUGUGACACUUCCUCCGCCUGGACAUUUUCAGAAAAACGACGUUUACCUACAUCGUCGUUGGCGAAGAGUUCAAUACCUGGUAAACCUAUUCUGGACUAGAUGGAAGAAAGAAUACCUUCUUACCCUGCAAAACCGAAGCAAAUGGCAACAACCUAAGCGUAACCUGAUGACGGGAGAUGUGGUAAAUUUGAAAGAAGAGAAUACACCUCGUAAUAUGUGGCCCUUGGGCCUAGUCGUGGACACAGAACCAGAUUCUCAAGGAUUCAUUAGGACUGUAAUGGUGAAGAUAAAAGAAACUGUGUAUAAAAGACCAAUCUCAAAGAUUGUACUUUUAUUGGCUAAAGUAGAUAAGUGAAUUGUGUAAACUUCUUGCGAAGUCUAGGGACCGGGAAUGUUAUUGGGUUUGCAUUUAAGUAUAAAAUUUGUUAAAUGAUUAAUUAUGCAAAUUAUAGUUUGUUAUGCAAGAUUGACAUUGGACAUUUUGUAAGGCUUUUAAUACUUGCUAGAAAAUUAACUAGUCAGUUGAUCAUACGAUACGAAGUCGAACAGAAGGCGUUUCAUUUAUGUUAUAAGUGACAGUAUAACGAUCGAAGUUGAGUUAAAGGUUAAACGAACUUGCUUCACCUUAAACGGACACAGAUGUCCUUACUUGUGUAUUUAUUACUGUGUGCAUUCAUGUUUAAAUGUUUUGUAGUAUAGUUUAGCAUGCAUGUAUUUCUUUAUCUUUGAUUUUAGUUUUUAGUUACCUAUCCGAAUACACCGAGAAGCGAUGGCGAACUCUUAAACGGCCACAAUGCUGAACGUGGAUUGAGAUAA